AAACCAGUAGGAGGUUGAUUCCCGCUGUUGCUUCAGUGAAAGGCUUUGUACAUACGUACACACAAAGUCAAGAUUUCAAAGACAUAACAGAUUGAGAAUACGCAUGCAAGUCCCCAUUUGACAAUCGACACUUAUUUCUACCAAGUCAACCUGCUGUUAGUGAAUUUGGAGUAGAUGGAGUCAUCAGAACCGGAGGUUAAAACAUCGAAGGGUCAAGCUCCGUCUGAGGACCCUAACAUGGAUGACGAGCUUGAUGGACUUCCUGUCUUUGGGGCAGAUGAAGAUGAUUGGGAAAUGGACAGUAGCUUUAAACAGCAGGUUUACUCUCAGUUAGAAAGAAACAGCGAUGAUGAAGAAGGUGUUGGUGAUAAAAAUGAAAGUCAAGAUGGAGUACCAACUACUGGUGCAGAUGCAGACGAACACAGUUCCUCUAACAGUGCAUCUUCAAAAACAGAUGAAGAGCAAACAAAAGCUUCUGAGGAAAAUUUUGAAAUUCCCUCACCCGACACCGUUAUAGAUAUCCAGGAAACACCGUCACAAGCUGAAAUUAGGACAUCUCCGGCAGAUACCAUUGUACAGAAGACUCCUCCACCUGGGCAACGCACAGAUAAAGAAACCCAUUUCUCACCUGUAAUACAAAUUAAGGACGAACCUAUAGAUGAGGAUUAUGAUAAAGCGUUAUUACCCCAGACUGACACCAGCAAUGUUAAACAAGAGAUUGAAAGUAAUGAAAACGAGGAGAACGAGGCCGCCUCUCCUUCAGAUGAGCUGAGGAUAAGCUCUGUGUUCUCUGUUAGAGCCUCUGUGGCACCCGCCCAGCCGACUUCAUUUCCAGUGAUGACCCAGGCUACUUCACUCAGGGGGGCUUUAGUUCUUCCGCCCCAAGCUCAGCUUCAACUGCGGCUGCAACCCAACGCCCAGAUGCAGCCUCAAAUGCACACCCAACCUCGGAUGCAGCAGCCAAUGAUGUCGCAACCUCGCCUCCAGCCCCCACCGCAAAUCCAUGCCCCCCCACCCACUGUCCGGAUCUGCUGCUCUGGCUGCUCUAAAGUCCUGCAGAAGGGUCAAACUGCAUUCCAGCGAAAAGGCUCUAACCAGCUAUUUUGCUCUACCGUUUGCCUGACUAGUUUCAGUUUACCCUCGGUACAGUUUACCCCAAUUAUUGCACCUAAGAAAACCUGCCACCUCUGUCUUAAGGUAAUUGUAAAUCUAAAGGACUUGAUAACCAUUCCCGUGGGCUCUAUGAAUACACUUAAGGAAUUCUGCAGCCCAGUUUGUUUAAACAUUUAUAAAGACAGAUAUGAAGACGCACCUCCGGAUCAAUUAACACAUUGCAACGUGUGUAAGCUGGUCAAAGAGAUUCAACAUGAAGUGACUCAUCUAGGUGUUGUACACAAGUUGUGCAGUGAUGAAUGCUUUGCACGCUUCAGAUCUUCUAGAAACCUCUACAUGAGCUACUGUGAGAACUGUGGCAAUUGUACCGCAUCAGGAAACUAUCACCUGGUUCAGAUAGAGGAUGGUAUUAAAAAGUUCUGCACCACUGAAUGUAUCACAACUUACAAACAGAAAAGUGACAAGAGGCUUCGCUGUCCCUUUUGCCAAGAGAUAAAACUUGUAGAUCAAAUGAUUGAUGGCACGAACAUACACGGUGUCACAGAAUUCUUCUGCUCACAAAGAUGUGUGGCCAUGAGUCAAGCGUCUCCCAGUCUGACAGGCACCUCCUUCCCCUGCACAAGCUGCAAGAAAUUGGCUGUUCCUCAGUAUCACCUCGCCAUUGCUGAUGGAUCCAUUAGAAAUUUCUGCUCAUUAGAUUGUGUGGCCAAAUUUCAGGACAAAAUGAACACACCUGAACCUCAUAACCAGAUAAAUGGGAACUCGCAUGAACCUCAAAAUGUUGCACCAUCGCAGCCACCCACCGAGCAACCCCAGUCCAACCAGACAUCUUCAUCCACUGUGCCUGGCCCAAGUCAAAAUCCAGUUCCACCUCAUGUGCCAGGUCAGGUAAACCCUCAAGAUGCCAUGCAGCAGGGGCCUGGCAAAGCACCCUCAGCCCCUUACAAAAUGUAUCUUACCUGCAAGCAGUGCGAUUGUCAGUUUUACGAAAAGCCUGAAGUCUUUCAAUACAAGGGUCACUCGGGGAUCUUCUGUACUCGAGCGUGUUGUGAAACAUACAAGAGAGAGAAUAAUGUAAAAGCUGUUUGCGAGUAUUGCAAGCUGGAAAAGGUGGUCAAAGAUGUCAUCACUUAUGAAAAGCAGCAGAGAUAUUUUUGUUGCGAAGGCUGUAAACUGCUUUUUAAGCAUGAUCUGACCAAACGCCAAGGAGUUCAGUUCAGGUUUUGUGCAAACUGUCAAAACAUGACCCACAAGACGGUUCAGAACUUUUUUGGGGGCAAGCUGGAGGAGUUUUGCACAGAAGACUGCAUGUCUCAGUAUACGGUGCUCUUUUAUGAGAUGGCCAAAUGUUAUGGCUGUAAGAAGCAGGGCUCACUUAAGGAAAGCCUUAUCCUGUUUGGACAAAAAAAAUAUUUCUGUAAAAUGAACUGUUUGAUGCUGUUCUGCUCAAGGAGCGUGCUAAACAAUAAGCGUCCAAACAGUACUGUAUCAAACACCACCACUACUGUACAAGCUCCAUUAUCUAUUUCAAAGGACAUGCCUGUUAUUGGUGGCGUAGUGUCACUGGCCUCAACAUUACCUGGAAAUACUGCUGUUACAGGAGCUCUCCCUACCUCAAACGCCAGCUCAAAAAACAUCGGGGAAGCCAGCACACAGACGGAUGCUGCAGUGCCCGGGACUCCAAAUCGUAGAAUGUUGAAGAACAAAGCUCUCAUGUGCCGACCCAUCACUGAAGAACAAGGUGUCCAGUGUCAGCCAGAACAUCCAACACCUCCAACUCUUGCUGAAACAGUGAUUGAUGAAAACGGAGAAAAAGUGAGGUUGGUGCCGUUCCCGGUUCCCAUUCCCAUGCCGGUCUACAUUCCUGUGCCGAUGCAUCUGUACACCCAGUACACACCGUUUCCACUCGGAGUUCCUCUGCCUGUGCCUGUACCUAUCGUCAUACCUGGAUCCCAAGAUGCUGCUGAACCAAAUGAUCAUAAAAGUAGCCUGCCUGCUCAGAGCUCAGUGGAGGAGGAUGAAGACAAGGGAAAAGACAAGCCUGUGUCACAUGACCAGGGCAGCACAUACAGUGGAGAUCUGGAGUCAGAGGCCAGAUCAACACCCCUCUGCUGGGCAGAUAAUGAGGAACCCGGAGCCAGCGGGAAACAGUUGGUGCCAUCAUCAGAGCAAGAGGAGCCACAAGUAGCUCCUGCAACAUCUGCAUCUCCAGAACAUCCAGAUUUGGAAGACGACAUUCCUCGAUCAUCGACAGACCCUUGUUUAACAAAAGAAAACAGACUGGUCUUGACGUUGAAGCGACGCAGGAAGGCCAAAGAUGGUUACCCUGCCAAAAAACGGGAGUCGGAGAUGACAGCAGAGGAGUCAGGCACUUACUCUGAGGAUGAAGAAGAGGAGCAAACACCAACACCUGUCACCUCUACAUACCAAACUCUACAGCAACACUUAACAGUGACACCUAUACUCUGCCAUCCUAAUCUCAAGUUCACGCCUCCCUCAAAGAUUCAGCUGAAGAUGCUAAUGAAUCAGAGUCAGGGCCGGCCCGAUCGAUUCGGUUCCCUUCUGUUUCAGUCGGUCUUACCCGAACAGCAGUAUACAGAGUGGGCGUUAACCACCAACUGGAGCGGUUUAAGGGGUAAAUAUGCGUUGCCUCUGAACCUAAGGCACUUCAUCAUCAAAGCUGUUUCCCAGAAGUUCCCCGGCUUGACCAGAGCUGACCGAAAGCGCAUCAAGGACAGAAUCAACGAAUUCUUGCGCUUGCCGAGAAGUAGCGGCGGACCCAGAGUUUCACGUUCUUAUCGAAAGGGCCGUAAGCGAUCUGGACCAGAUGCUUCGGGUGGUGUUUGGCUUAGUACCACCAGCUCAAAGCUUAACCAAGCAUACGGAGUUGCGGCCUGGUCCUGUUGGGUGAAGAAAAAAACCGAACGGACGGCCGACGAAGAGGACCAACAGUCCUCAGGCCGCAUGGUUAUGAAGCAGGAUGUGUUGCAGUGCAGUUCCGCAGAACUCAGUUACGGUCUGUGCCGUUUCAUCAAGGAAGCCCGGAGGCCAAACGGCGAGGUUUACAAACCUGAUAGCGUCUACUACCUUUGCCUGGGCAUUCAGCAGUGUCUGCUUGAAAAUGGGCGUCUUGAGAAUAUCUUUACCGAUUCGCGCUAUAGCGAGUUUAUCAGCGAGAUCACCAAACUGCUGAGAGACUGGGCCAAUACGCUGCCACCUGGGGGAUACGUGAACUCACGGGUUGAGGAGGAGUACCUUUGGGAAUGUAAGCAAUUGGGAGCCCUGUCUCCUAUCGUUCUGCUCAACACCCUGCUGUUUUUCGUAACCAAAAUGCUAAACCUCAAAACGGUCGAACAGCAUCGACGACUCACAUUUGCCAAUGUCACCCAAUGCACGAAGACCACAAAAACCGGCACAAGCUCUUAUCUUAAAUUCAAACUACCUAUCAAAGAGGAAACCACAGACAAAAAAGGGACUGGUAAAAGAAAAAAAGAGGAGGAGGUGGUGGACGAGGAGUUUAUCGAGAUGCCCGAGAACUCGGAGAACCCUUUACGCUGUCCUGUUAGACUCUACCAGUUCUAUCUCUCGAAAUGCUUAAUCUCUGUAAAGCAGCGUCCAGAUCUCUUCUACAUGCAGCCCGAGAGCUCCUGCCAUCCCGGCAGCCCUGUGUGGUACUCGGCUCAGCCACUGGACACUGCCAUGAUGGAAAGCAUGCUCACACGCAUCAUAGUUGUACGGGACGUUCACAUGGACACUAAGCAGCAAAAAUACCCAGACUCAUCAGACGAGAGCUCUCAAUGAGAACCUGAAACCUGAACUGAUAAAAGACAUCAUGGAAAAGACUAAAUGGGUGUUUUUUAACUUAAAAGGAGCCAAGUUAAAAAACAGAAUAACCGGUCAAUCAUGAGACAUUUAUUGACAUUUAUGUACUUUAAUUUUCCCCAUGUGUACACACUUAUCGGACAUUCCUCGAGUCAUUUAUUUUCUGUCGUGAAUAUUACAGACGGAUAAACAUUGAGGGACUUUGUCUGAAUUUUAAUAAUUUGUCAUUGUAGACAUUUGUUUCACAGUAUUUAGUAUUAUAUAGCGAAAGCUUUUUAUGUCCAAACAUACAUCAUGUCAUGAUUGUUGAUAACCUUUGAAAAUAUAUAUCAAUUCACAGACGUA